AUGAACGCUCAUUUCAUUUGCCUUGUCUUCUGUCUCAUUGCCACCAUGGCGACUGCUCAAGAAUUGGCAAAAAUAGUGGCCCCUGAGCCAAAUCCAUGUAAAGACUCGUUGAAUGCUCUCUGCCAAAUAAUUAACAACCUCAAGGAUCAAAUUCCGAAAGACAAGAUGUCUGAGAUUUCAAAAAUCUGCACCCCAAUCUACUAUUAA